CAGUCGGCUCAGCGUGCAGGGGGCUGAAAUGGCUGGCUGGGGGGGCUUCUUCGUUUCUCUUCUCAACUACAAGACAGAGAAAUAUGUGAUCGCCGAAAACAGGAGAAUCGGAAUAUUAUUCCGGCUUUAUCAGCUGGCUGUGCUGGGAUACAUAAUCGGGUGGGUGUUUGUUGUGAAGAAAGGGUACCAGGAGAAAGAAGAGGCCAUACAGACGUCAGUCUUCACCAAACUCAAAGGCGUCACUCUGACCAACACAUCUGAGACGGGGCCCUACCUGUGGAGUGCCGAGGAUUACGUCAUCCCCCCAAAUGGCAAGCAGGUUUUCUUCAUGGUAACAAAUUACAUCGAGACCCCUAAUCAGAGGCUGGGGUUCUGUGCUGAGAGUUAUAAGGUGCCAGAUGGACGAUGUCAAAGCAAUGAUGACUGCCAAGAAGGGGAGAGUGUUGUAGCCGGUCAUGGAAUAAAGACCGGCUCGUGUUUGAACAGCACUGGGACCUGUGAGAUCUACGCUUGGUGUCCUGUUGAACACAGCCCGAGACCAACAGAGCCAUUACUAAAUGAAGCAGAAAACUUCACCAUCUACAUCAAGAACUUCAUCAGGUUUCCAAAGUUUGAGUUCUCCAAGUCCAAUGUUCUUGAAACAACUGACGACAGCUAUCUGAAGAGAUGCUCCUAUGAUAAAGACGACCACCCUUACUGUCCCAUCUUUCGCCUCAGAGAUCUGGUCAGCAACACGGGACAUGACUUCCAGGACAUGGCUGCUAAGGGUGGCUCUGUUGGCAUUCUCAUUGAGUGGAACUGCAACCUGGAUAGAGACUCCUCUGAGUGUAAUCCUCAGUACAGCUUCACCCGUUUGGAUAUGAACUUGAACAACUCGGUUACAUCAGGAUACAACUUCAGAUAUGCCAGGUACUACAAGGAUCAAAACGGUGAAACGUAUCGCACUCUGUACAAAGUGUAUGGGAUUCGCUUUGAUAUAAUGAUCAAUGGCCAGGCUGGGAAAUUCAGUAUUGUUCCCACAAUAAUUGCUAUUGGCUCAGGUGUUGCUCUGAUGGGUAUAGGGGCUUUUGUAUGCGACAUGAUCCUACUUUACAUGAUGAACACGAGCUCCUUCUACAGAGAGAGGAAAUUUGAAAUAAUCAACUUCAAAAAAGAGAAGACCACAUCAAAGGAUGGGAAAGCAGGACACCGGGAAAGGAGAUCCAGGAAACCAGCUGCAGAGAAAGAUGUCGCCAACAACAUAAAAACAUCUGAGGAAACUGAAGUCACUGUGGAAACUGCUGCCCCUGAAGGAAACCAGCUGCCUGUAGACAAACGGGGUCCCACCAUUCCACGCAACACGGGACAGCGAUACUCUGCUCUUCUGUCUCAACAAGGUGCAGAGCCAAAGCAUCACAUCUCGUUUGCUACACACAACUAGGUUUGCAGGUGGCCGAAAAAACAGCACCUGCAGAUGUUUUACACUGAAGGAGGUGGAUCCUAUAAAGUCAGACUGGUGUCCACUUUUUCCCCCGCUGGCACGGUCCCUAACAUCAAUAAUGCUUGCACUGACUGAAGAUGUAGUGGUCCACGAAAAUGUCCACGUUCUGCAUUGCACUGGAAGGAUCAGGGCAUUGAUGUAUGCAAAAAGACAGAGUUCAUCAGGUCUGUUAAUACGCCUUUCACUCAUUUAAGGUAAAAGUGAAUAAUCAUCUAAUCCCUUAAAAUCAGAGUUGUGUAUUGCAAAACUUUCCUUAUUUUAUUUUUGUGUUGUUUUUCCAAUUACACAAGCACAAUUUUCCUGAUUUUUAUUUAAUUUUUUGCCCUUUACUCAGUAAGAAUUCCACAAAAAUCCCUGAAAAUGAAAACAUUUUAAAACUGAAUCCAAAUAUUUCAAAUGGACUUUAAAUGGAGAUGAUUUAUUCAGUAAUAACCACUUUCUGAUGGCUUUUAUAUGAGGUGUGCAGAAAACUAUAUUUACACCAUUCACUUGUGAAGCUCAGGAAAACAGCCGGUCAAGUGUUAAACGUCUGCUGUGAAGUGGACAAGUUCACUGUGGGAAAGUACUGGUUGAGUGAUGAAUGGACACUAUAGGGAUUUUUCCUGAUUGCAUCUACUGUCUACUUCCUGAUUGUACAUUAUCAUUAGACAGAAAU